AUGGAUGAGGAGAGGAGUGCCCCUGCCAUCUCCCCAGAGCCACCUGAUGAGGGGGAUCCCAGUAUACCAGCUCCACAACCCAAUUCACACGUAACCUCAACAGAAGAGUGCACAAACAGCUGCCCAAACCCAAAGCCCUGUCCUAGUCCAGAUGUGGCCCACACUUAUACUGAGCCCCUCAUAUUGAGGUUAAACGGCACCCCAGAAAAGUUGCUAGGCGAUGAUGGAGACAAGUGGAGCAGCAGCCUCUCACACUCGGAGCUUACAACACCCAACAAGAGCAUCAGAUCUCAACCAGCAGCCAGAUCCACGCUCAGCCACCACACCCAGCCAUGUCGGACACAGCCCAGCAGCCAACUACGCAACGGAGCCAAGCACCACACACACUCUUCUCAAACGCACUGUACGCAUUACACGCACACCCUCCAGUCCAACGGGGUCAGGAACGGAGGCCCUCAUCCUAAGCUCGGCUCCCUCCCGAGAGGCGGCUCAUCCACAUCCUCGUCUUCUUCAGCGGGACCCAAACACACCAAGAAAUUACAGUCCAACCCCUCCAUCACUUCCCAGAGCAGCAAAAGAAGCAAGAGCAGCUCCAAGAGCAAUAGCUCUCAGAUGCCCACAGAAGCACAGGACGACUGCUGUGUUCACUGUAUUCUGGCCUGCCUCUUUUGUGAGUUUCUAACUCUGUGUAACAUCGUCCUGGACUGUGCCACCUGCGGCUCCUGCGCGGGGGACGAUUCAUGUUUCUGCUGCUGCUGUGCGUCGGAGGAGUGUGGCGACUGUGAUCUGCCCUGUGACAUGGACUGUGGCAUUAUCGACGCCUGCUGUGAGUCUGCAGACUGCCUUGAGAUCUGCAUGGAGUGCUGCAGCCUUUGCUUCUCUUCCUGA